AUGGAGAGAAGUGUUACCUUCGAGCUUGGGUUUUUCGCUGGUAGUCCAUCGAAGCCGUCGACUCAAUUGAACAAACCGAGGAUGCGACAUAUUUCAGACCGCCACCCAAAACAACUUCUGGACACUUUAGAUGCUUUGCGACGAUGUCAGGAGCUGUGCGAUGUAGUCAUAAAGGCGGGUAGUAAGACUUUGUUCGCUCACAGAGUUAUUUUGGCAGCAUGUAGCCCGUAUUUUCGCGCCAUGUUUACCGGCGAGAUGGCGGAAAGCCGACAAAUGGAAAUCACAAUUCAGGAUGUCGAUGAAUCCGCUAUGGAAUUACUAGUUGACUUUGCCUACACGUCUUCGAUAACUGUAGAAGAGAGCAAUGUCCAGUCACUUCUCCCGGCCGCUUGCUUGCUGCAAAUCGCAGAAAUUCAAGAUAUAUGUUGCGAGUUUCUAAAACGCCAGCUUGACCCCUCGAACUGCCUUGGUAUCAGAGCUUUCGCCGACACUCAUGCUUGCCGAGAUCUCUUACGAGUCGCUGAUAUUUUCACUCAGCACAACUUUCAAGAAGUUAUGGAAAGCGAAGAAUUCCUUCUUUUGCCUGUUACUCAGCUACUCGAUAUUCUGUCGAACGACGAGCUUAACAUUCGUUCUGAAGAACAGGUUUUUACGGCGGUCAUGAACUGGGUGAAAUAUAGCAUUUCCGAAAGGCGAUGCCAUCUUUCACAAAUACUCCAACACGUUCGGUUACCUCUGUUACCACCCAAGUUCUUAGUGGGAGUAGUUGGAACAGAUCCCUUGGUAAAAAGUGAUGAAUCUUGCCGGGACUUGGUAGAUGAGGCAAAGAACUAUUUGUUACUACCUGAACAAAGGUUGCUUAUGCAGGGUCCUCGUACACGACAGCGUAAACCCACUAAAUGCACAGAAGUGUUGUUCGCGGUAGGGGGGUGGUGUAGUGGAGAUGCCAUCAGUAGUGUAGAACGCUAUGAGCCUCAGACAAAUGAUUGGAAAAUGGUGGCCACCAUGAGUAAGAGACGCUGUGGUGUAGGCGUAGCGGUUUUGGACAAUUUAUUGUAUGCUGUAGGCGGCCACGAUGGUAGCAGCUAUCUUAACAGUGUUGAAAGGUAUGACCCCAAGACUAAUCAGUGGAGCAGUGAUGUGGCACCUACUUGCACGUGUCGAACAAGUGUUGGUGUUGCUGUGCUAGAUGGGUAAGUUUAAGAUAAUUUAUUGACUUUUAUUGCUUUGAAGUCAAACCAUUACAGUGUGAUGGCUUCAACCGCUGCCACCUAAGGACUUUUAGCCAAUCAGAAACCACUCCUUCAACAAAGAAAUAGACAUGUGGACCUCAUCGGGAAACUGUCCUAUUUUUCAAUUGGUCAGUUUUGCUGCUACUUUUUUGCCAUUUAGAAUGGCUUACUUCUAGCGAGAGCCAAUCUGGAACCAAAUUUUUUCUUCUGUUGACUUGUGUUGCCUUGUUGGAGGUGAAAAUCGAAAUCAUGUCUGUACAGCUGAGAAUUAAUCAGUUUGGUGGUCUUUAUGAUAACACCUGAAACUUGCUAUUCUUUGUCCACAAAAAGGUUCUAGAUCUCUAAAACAUUGGCAAUCUCAAUGUGUGAUCUCUCAAGAACUUGGAACCAGAAGAAAGUUUAAAGAAAUACAGAAUGCUAAUGAAAUAUCACGCAACACCACACUGAGCGUGCUUUUCCAUCCUGCGAUCAGUAUGGGAAAAUAUUGACAGAUAUAGAUAGAGCUGCAAGAAAAAAAAGCUUUUUAACAGCAAGUGAGAAGUUUAGGAUUAACUUUCUUUGAAUUACGUGAUAGGUUCAUGCGGUUUGAAUUCCCUUUCGGCUGAAGAGGGAGAUUGGGAUUACUCCAUGUCUUCUUGCGUUAUAAAUAAAGCGCUAGGCCAGCGGUUGUUUUUUUUUCUCUUUGACUGCAAGUGUUUCUGGUAAAGGAAGACAUAUCCUUCCUUUUUUUCACAAAUGAAUAUUCUGGACCCGGAUCUAGAAUAAUGACGUCUUGUUGAAGGAAUAAGAGAAUACAAUUCACGGUAAAGAAAAACACACGCCAUAUUUUCAAACGACGUCUUGUAAUCAGACUGCAUGCUUUCUCUCCCAUAGAUACAGGGCACUUUUGUACCCCUUACCGACCAAUAAGUAUUCCAACCCUUUAAUAGAUAUAAAGCAGCUUCCAUAUUUUACAAAAGCAGCCACAGAAGAAAGACGGGUAAGUGCAUACAUAUGACACACCAUUCUAAACGGCAAAAACAUUUAGGAUCAAAACUAACCAAUCGAAAGAUAGGACAGCUCCCAAUGAUUUCUUCACACCCACUUCUUUGUUUAAGGAAUGGUUUCUGAUUGGCUGAAAGUUCUUAGGUGGGCCUGGUUGAAGUCGUCACAUUGUAAUACUGACACUAAGGGGGGCGUAUUAAGCGUGUUAAAUUUUGCGAAAAUUUAAGGUUUUUCCGCGGGGACAAAGAAGUAUUUUCAAGAGGCUGUUUACAAGGUUCUUAGUAAAAGUACAUAUGUAGUGGGUUGGUAGGCCUGCACAAUUUUUUCCUGAUCAUAUACUGUUAUCAUGACUGUCACAGCAUGUGUUAAUUUCUUGUGCCAUGUUUUGUCACACUGGGCCCAUCUUUACAUUGUUUGCAAGAUAAUAUGGUUUUGGUUUAUUGAUGAAACACAAGUAGAAGUGGUUGCUAAAAUUUUGUAGAAACACAAUGUUGUUAUCUGUUGAUCAAUAUGUGUGCUUCUGAUAAUAAUUAUUUGACUCAAGAAUUUUGAUAAACUCAACAUUACAUUGGGUAGUUUUUCUUGUAGCAACCACUAUUUUGUGUUCUUUGUCACUCCUACGUGGGACACUGAUAAAAGCAAGACUGUGACUGGACAAGUCACCAUACCAUGAACUUGGUACGCAUGGUUUCAAAGCAGAAAUCUGAUCGGAUAGAUGUUGAAAGGCUUGCAUUAACUGAAGUUUGCAAAAUAAUUUUGCUGCUUUUAAAAUAUGUGCUUGACAAAGUUCUUCUAAUAUGUGUCGAUGGUGUGGUUGUGCACAAUUGGCAUCAGAUAGCACGCAAUUGCACAAUUCCAGAAAAAUCGUUUAAUUCAUAAAAGCAAUGUCCAAUUUGAGUGAACUAAAUAAAUUUUAACUUUUAUUAAAUAUUUUCCCAAGCUUAUCACUGUUUCAGGGUGAUUUAUACAAUUAAAAAUAGCCUGGAAUAAUUUAUUGUGGUAAUAGUUUUUGUUCCUAGGGGGUACCAUUUUAAUAAUUACUGCAGAGACAUGCAUUGUCAUCUGUAGUACAAACUGUCAUUUAAUGAUCUUUUUUCUUUAAAUUGUUCUUUUUAUAUUUUUUUUGGUUCAAUUUAUAAGAGGACAAAAAAAAAUCAUUCAACUUUUUUUUUUUUAAAUACCCGUGGUAUAAAUGUAGAUGUUCUGUCGUUCUUUUAAACUCAAAUUGUCUGUGAACAAAAUUCAAGUGAUAUUCCUCCUCUGAAUCCUGGUAAAACAAGGUUAUAUUAGCCCUGAAAAAAAUCACUUGAUUAGCAUAAUUAACUGCAUAUAGUCUAGACCUUUCAUAUCACUUAAUCUGCCCUGUAAAUGCUGCAUGAUUUUCUUUUUUAUUUCACCCUAUCAAAAGGCCUGUGGAUGUACUAGUAUCUUCUUUUGCUCUCUUUCUAAUCAACCAAGGAAAUUCUUUCAGGUACAUGUAUGCUGUUGGUGGGCAAGAUGGUGUUUCUUGCCUUUACAUUGUCGAAAAGUAUGACCCUCAAGAAAACAGAUGGUAUAGAGUAGCCUCCAUGAGUUCCCGAAGAUUGGGUGUGGGCGUGGCCGUUCUUGAUGGCUACCUCUAUGCUAUUGGAGGUUCAGACGGUACCUCACCCUUGAACACAGUAGAAAAGUAUGAUCCUAAAACCAAUCGCUGGAGUCCUGUUGCUCCCAUGGGAACAAGGAGGAAACAUCUUGGAGCUGCCUUGUUUCAGGAUAAACUUUAUGUUGGUGUGUGUAAUUUACUGUGUUUGUUAACGUAUGGAAGUUUUUGCAUGUAAUGUUGACAAAAGCAUGAAUACAUCUGUACAUCAACUUGACUGGUCCCUGUUCAGCAGUAAUUUAAGCAGCUCUCAUUUUGAAAAAAUAAAGCAAUUUUCACAGUGCAUGACACCACAGUGGUAGCAGAACAUUUCAGGCAAUAAAAAAUGUGUUUAUGCUCAUGUUAAUUAGCUCAUAAGCAAAAAGAAAACAUUUUUAUUGCAGAAGUGAAAUCCAGAUGUUUUUGUUGAUUUCCCGUCACCAUAUUUAGUGCCCCAUGUUGGUACACAAGCAUGGCAUCUCCACCCAAAGUUCUAAAAACUUGCGUGAUACUUUUUGGUAAAUAACUAAAAAACUGUGCAUUGCACAGAGCUGAGACUUGGAUAUGUUGCAUAUUUAUGAGUCUUGCAUAUCAUUUCAUUUUCAUUGAUUGGUUUCAAGUUUAUUUUUUCAUCGCGAAACUGGGAAACAUGCUAUAGCCAUUCUGUUUCAUUCAAUAUGAUAUGUUUACUCUUGUUUUAAGUUGGAGGACGCGAUGAUGCAACAGAACUCAGCAGCGCCGAAUGCUAUGAUCCCAAGGCAAACCAGUGGUCUCCAGUGGUGGCAAUGAAUUCUCGCCGCAGUGGUGUUGGACUUGCAGUAGUGAAUGGACAGUUGCUUGCUGUUGGUGGUUUUGAUGGAAACACGUACCUUAAAACAAUCGAAGUGUUUGAUCCAGUCUCUAACCAAUGGAAGCUGUAUGGUGGAAUGAACUAUCGCAGGCUUGGGGGUGGGGUUGGGGUUGUACAGCUUCCUCUGAGUGAUGCAUUCGGAUGUUGA